UCCUUUCAGAAAACACAACACCGAAAAUUGAAAUUUUAUUCAACUGCCACUACAAUGGAAAAACAUUCGUAUUUGGACAAAGCUUCUCAGCUGCAGAUAAAUGUAAUACGUGUAGUUGCAAGACCAAAGGAAGCAUCUCGUGUACCAAAAAAUCUUGCUCUUCCUCAAAAGAUAAAGUAACUACAACACCGACGACUAGCAGCACACUCAAUGUGUGCCGCUACCGUGGAAAAUCGUACAAAACUGAGGAAACGUUUUUAGCUGAAGAUAAAUGCAAUCAUUGCACUUGCAAGAAUGAUGGGAAUGUAGUUUGUACGAGAAAGUCGUGCUCUAACGCUACUGAUGAAGCAACACAAAAAAAUUCCACAAAAUGUUACUACCAAGGACAAAUAUACUUAAUUGGGCAGGCAUUUAUAGCUAUAAAUAGCUGUAAUCGGUGCAGCUGCAAGACAUCUGGUAAAGUAGAAUGUUCCGAAAAGAAAUGUCCUUCUUCCACGACUCCAGAAACUACAGCAAAAAAGUAUGAAAUUGCCGUAGUAUGCCGUUACCAAGGACAUAUAUACGUAUUUGGGCAGGCAUUCAUGGCUAGAGAUAAAUGUAAUAAGUGCAGUUGCAAGUCCAAAGGAAAAGUAAAGUGUACUGAAAAGAUAUGUCCCUCCACAACAACCCCAGAAACUACAACCCAGAAGAACGUAACUUCCGAAAAAUGCCACUACAAUGGGGAAAUAUACAUACUUGGGCAGACAUUCAUGGCUAAAGAUCAAUGUAAUCAGUGCGGUUGCAUGAUUAAAGGAAAAGUAGAGUGUACACUAAAGAAAUGUACUCCCAUAACAACUCCAGAAACUACAAUACAAACGGAUGAUACUUCCGUAGAAUGCCGGUACCAACAAAAAGUAUACAUGUUUGGAGACAUAUUCAUAGCCGUAGAUAAAUGUAAUAAGUGCAGUUGCAAAUCGAAAGGAAAAGUAGAAUGCACAAAAAAGAAAUGUCCUCCCUCAACAACUCCAGAAACUACACCAAAGAAGAUCGAAAUUUAUUUUAAAUGCUACUACAAUGGAGAAAUACACCUAUUUGGGGAUGUAUUCAUUGCCGUAGAUGACUGUAAUAAGUGCAGUUGCAAAUCGAAAGGAAAAGUAGAGUGUACAAAAAAGAAAUGUCCUCCUUCAACAACUCCAGAAACUACACUAAAGAAGAUCGAAAUCUAUUUUAAAUGCUACUACAAUGGAGACGUACACGUAUUUGGGGAUGUAUUCAUUGCCGUAGAUAAAUGUAAUAAAUGCAGUUGCAAAUCGAAAGGAAAAGUAGAGUGUACAAAAAAGAAAUGUCCUCCUUCAACAACUCCAGAAACCACAUCAAAGAAGGACGACACUUCCUCAAAAUGCUACUACCAUGCAGAAAUACACCUAUUUGGGGAUAUAUUCCUAGCCGUAGAUAAAUGUAAUAAGUGCAGUUGCAAGUCCAAAGGAAAAGUAGAGUGUACAAAAAAGAAAUGUCCUCCCUCAACAACUCCAGAAACUACAACUUCCUCAAAAUGCUAUUACAAUGGGAAAAUGUACAUACUUGGACAGAUAUUCGUGGCUGUAGACAAAUGUAAUCAGUGCAGUUGCAAGUUCAAAGGAAAAGUAGAGUGCACCGAAAGGAAAUGUUCUUCCACAACAGCUGUAGGAGCUACACUAAAGAACGACACUUCCUCAAAAUGCAAGUACAAUGGUCAAGUGUACAUAGCUGGGCAGGUAUUCGUAGCUGUAGAUAAAUGUAAUCAGUGCAGUUGCAAGCCCAAAGGAGAAGUAGAUUGUACAAAAAAGACAUGUCCUUCCUCAGUAACUCCAGAACCUACGAUACAGGUGACCGGAUUUUCCGUAAAAUGUUACUACAAUGGUCAAAUAUACAUAUUUGGGCAAAUAUUCUUAGCUGUAGAUAAAUGUAAUAAUUGCAGUUGCCAGUCCAAUAGAAAGGUAGAGUGUUCCGAAAAGAAAUGUCCUCCCUCAACCACUCCAGAAACUACAAAACAGAACAACGAAACCUCGAAAACAUGCAGCUACAAUGGACAAGUAUACAUGUUUGGGCAGAUAUUCAUGUCUUCAGAUAAAUGCAAUAAGUGCAGUUGCAAGUCAAAGGAGAAAGUAGAGUGUUCUGAAAAGAAAUGUUCUCUACCGAUAACUCCAGCAACUCCGGUGAAUGAAACUUCCGUAAAAUGCCACUACCAUGGACAAAUGUAUGUAUUUGGGCAGAUAUUCACAGCUGUAGAUAAAUGUAAUAAUUGCAGUUGUGAAUCCAAAGGAAAAGUGGAAUGUACCGAAAAGAAAUGUAUUCCCUCAACAACUCCAGAGACUUCGACACAGAUGAAGCACAAUUAUUUUCUUUGCCACUACCACGGAGAGGUACACGUUAUCGGGCAGACGUUCACAGCUGGAGAUAAAUGUAAUACGUGUACUUGCAAAUCGAAAGGAACUAUAACAUGUACUGAACGAAAGUGCUCUCAAGGAAAAAGUCAAGGAACUCCUAUCAAUCGCUCUUGUUAA